UCCCCCAGAGAGAGAGAGAGAGAGAGAGAUGGACACAGAAAAGGUUUGCGUGGCCGGGUCGGAAGAGAUAGAUAUAGGGAAGGACCCCGAGGUCACACGACGGUCAAAACAGUCGAUGAGGUCGCGCCGGCAAAGAUGGAUAUAGAAAAAGCCGGUGAGGCUGUGUUGGCAAAAAUGGUCAAUGUGGUCAAUACGGAUAUAGAAAAAGUCGGCGAGGCUGCAUCGGCAAAAAUAGUCAGCGUGGUCGCAUCGGCAGAGAAAAACGUAGAAAAGGUUGGUGAGGCCGCGGCAAAAGUGGUCAGUGUGGUCGCGUCGGCGAAGAAUAAUAUAGAAAAGGUCGGCGAGGCCGCGGCAAAAAUGGUCAAUGUGGUCACGUCGACAGAGAUGAUUAUACAAACGAUCGGCGAGGCCGUGUCGGCAGAUAUAGAUAUGGAAAAGGUCCGUGAUGCUGCGUCGGUUCACUACAAGGGCCUGUCGCAGGACCAGAAGCAGGCAGCCGAGAGGUUUUUGAGGCCAUGGACACGGACAAGAGCGGCAACAUAAGCAUCGACGAGUUCGUGACCUUCAUGGGCCUUUUCGGGUUUCAAAGCGACAACCAUGAUUGGCUCUUUGCCAAGCUAGACAAGGACGAAAACGGUACUCUUGAUUUUAACGAGCUGGUCACCUUCUUCUACAUCCUCAGCCGCGACGAGUACAAACACCUAGUGGACAGCAGGCCAAGUACCGAUACACCCCGUCGCAAGGUGAGAUUUGGCCUUCGGACACGGGUACCUAAUAAACAAAAGUGGAAUAAAAACGAAGUCGCCCAACUGUACAAGAAGUUACAGGGGGCGUACAAACUUCGAAUCUGGGUGAACGAAAACGCAUGCUGCAUCCUCUAGGAAACCUAUGAGCAUCGCCACCAGUUGUAAAGUUUCUGUACUGCUACCAGUGUGUUGUGUGUUGUGUGUUAAGUAUUGGAAAUGAAGAAGCUUUUCCUUUGUUCUUGUUAAACUUUGAUGCCUCAAGAUGCUCUAGAGACUAACCAACAAAGCAAAUUUUCUGAUAGUGGAUUUCCAAGAUGGCAUGAGAGAAUACAUAAUUGGAUUGCAGGGGCAGAGAUGGAACUGGAGCGAAUUCUCCGAACUGUACAGGAAGUUAGAGAGCUCUUACAAGCUUGGAGUGUGGGUGAACGAAAGUGUAUGCAACAUCCUUUAGGAAAUCUUCGAGCAUCGUCACCAGUUGUAGGGUUUCUGUAUUGGUAUCAGCGUCCUGCGUGUUUAUUAAUGGAAAUGAAGAAGCUUUUCUUUUGUUCUUGUCAAA